AAUGAUUUUAAAAUAUUUAUUGUAUUUUACCUUACUCGUUUGUUCUAAAUCAACCAAAAUAUUUUUAAAUGAAAUUGGUUUGGCAUCAGCAAAAGUUGAAUAUAUUGCUUUUCCUGGUAGUUUGGAUAAUAUUCAGGUGUAUAUUAUCUCAUCCACCAAGACUGUGGUUCACAGCUAUCAUCCUAACCAUGCCUCUACUGCCGGUCUAACUGUUUUGUCAAUAGACUUUACUGACUUUCCAUCAAGUGAUCAAUUUCUAAUUGUUAUGUAUCAAGAACAAGCACCAAAUACUGAAACUACAUAUGCCAACUAUAUAAAAGAAGAUAUAAUAGAUGCUGUUGUUUUAUCACCUAUUCAGAAUGAUCCAAAUAAAUUUUCUGAUAAAGUACCAGAAUGGGACAAUAAAGUUCUCUACUUUUCUAGUACUGCAGUUUCAUUUUCAAAAUGUUUUAAAUUCGAAACAUAUAUUCCAAAUUAUUGGUUUGAGAGACCAGAAACCCUGCCUGGAAUGAACAAUUGUCCAAGCGUUGAUCCAAAUGCGGGUGGUGAUCCUCAUUUCUCCCAAAAGGUCAUUGAUUCCAGAACUAAGAGACUGAGGAAUAUUUGUUACGACAUUGUAGGCAGAAGUGGUCAAUCAAUUUAUAUUUUGAAUGAUAAUUCAACUAAUACAAGUGUUCAAGGCAUCCUUAAAGACGAUUAUUACAUGCAUCAGAUUAUUAUUCAAUAUAAAGGUGGGGUGAUCAUUGUUGAUAACUCAUUCAUUCAAAUCAAUGACAAAAAAUUGAAAUGGUUCAAUUUGGUUAAAUACAAAGUUCGCUUAGCCAAUAUUCAUGUUAAGUCAACUGAAGAAAUUCAUAUUGAAACAUUUUAUAAACAAUUCAAAUUAGUUACAAUUGUCAAAAAAGAAUUUAAAGCAUACAGUGGCACAUUUCUCAAUGUUUACUUUGAACAUAUUAAUAUAUUUUAUGAAAACCUUGGAGGAUUAAUUGGAGAUAUUGGAAAAAAGACAUUCAUUUUCAAUGAAAAUAUUCAAGGGAACUCAAAUAAUGUUAAAGUUGAUAAUAUUGAAAUUGAAUCAACUAUUACAAGAAGAUUGUCGAAUGAAUGCCAUCUCCUUCCAUUGGUUCAACUAAUACAUCCUAAAACCAUAUCGGACUAUGUUCACUAA